AGGGGGUGAUGUGCAACUAAUUAAAGGCAGACUGGCAGCGUCUGCAAAUUCUAAGGCUCCCCAAAUAAAAAGAGACUGUUGUAACAGUUGGAGGAUAAUGCAAAGGAAGACGCUGCCUGGGAAUUCACCGUCUGUGGACAUGCGCCCCAGAGAGGACUAAAGCAGCCCUCACCUUGCUCUCCCCACCCGGAUCCCCCUUUCCUGCCCGGCCCGGCCGGUACCCCGACUCCACCAUCACCCGCUUCCCUCCCCCCCACCUCUCCCCCUUUCCCACCCAGGUGUCGGACCAGGCGGUCCCCACUUCCACCCUGCACCCCUUCUUCCCCCCCUGCACCAUGAACACCAAUGUCUGCGUGGAGCCCGGGCCAAGCCCGGAGGCCCCGGGCUUGCCCAAGGAAAGCCACCUGCCCGAGGGGGCCCUGAACAGCUUUGUGGAUUACAACUCGGAGAUGGAGCGUUACCGCUCCUUUGCCACCUCCUUCUACAAGACCAACGGGGGCGCCUUCCCGCAGGCUGCCAAGAUCGCGCGCAUCACCACCCCCAUCUUCCCCAGCAGCGCCGCCGCCGCUGCGGCCGCCGCGCGCAUUGGCAUGUCCCCGUGGAACUGCGACAACGCGGCCACCGCCGCCGCCACCGCGAUGCUCUGGGGCAGCGGAGGCGGCGGCGGGGGCGGCGGGGGCGGGGGUGGGGGCGGCGGGGCCGGCAGGAAAUCCUCCUCGGCCGCCGCCUCCUCCUCCGCCUCCUCCUCGGCAAUCCUCCCCACCGCCGGCGGUGGCGGCGGCGGCGGUGGUGGUGGUGGCGGCGGUGGCGGCGGCGGCAGGACCAGCAUGCACCACCGGAACGACUCCCAGCGGCUGGGGAAGGCUGGCUGUCCGCCAGAGCCGUCGUUGCAAAUGGCAAAUACUAAUUUCCUCUCCACCUUAUCCCCCGAACACUGCAGACCUUUGGCGGGGGAAUGCAUGAACAAGCUCAAAUGCGGCGCUGCUGAAGCAGAGAUAAUGAAUCUCCCCGAGCGGGUGGGGACUUUUUCCGCUAUCCCGGCUUUAGGGGGCAUCUCAUUACCUCCAGGGGUCAUCGUCAUGACAGCCCUUCACUCCCCCGCAGCAGCCUCAGCAGCCGUCACAGACAGUGCGUUUCAAAUUGCCAAUCUGGCAGACUGCCCGCAGAAUCAUUCCUCCUCCUCCUCGUCCUCCUCGGGGGGAGCUGGCGGAGCCAACCCGGCCAAGAAGAAGAGGAAAAGGUGUGGGGUCUGCGUGCCCUGCAAGAGGCUCAUCAACUGCGGCGUCUGCAGCAGUUGCAGGAACCGCAAAACGGGACACCAGAUCUGCAAAUUUAGAAAAUGUGAAGAGCUAAAGAAAAAACCUGGCACUUCGCUAGAGAGAACACCUGUUCCCAGCGCUGAAGCAUUCCGGUGGUUCUUUUAAAGCAGUAGUGUAUCUUAUUUUCAAGGCAUUUGGAAACGAAGGGCAAACUAAUGUCUUGUUUUAAGAAACCACUUAGUCCACCAUUGAAGAAAAUAUCCAGAAAUUAUUUUCAUUUUAUGUAUAGGGAUUUCUUCAAAAAACAAGAGGAAAAGAAAAGAAAAAAAAGACAUAAAAUUAACAGGGAAGCUUGGGGAAUUGGCCAGUCUAUUUACUUUCAAUACACUGAUUCUUCCUUUGAUGUAAUUCAGCUAUACUAGUGAAGUUGUUGUCUAUUUUGAAAGUGGCUGUAAAAAAGAAAAAAAAAAUAAGUUUGGGUAACCCCCGACUGUAAAAUCAUGUAUCUUUGCAAAGUACAUAUCUAUACUUCAUUUUCAAAUAUAUGUGAUUCAGUACUGUAAACUGUACAGAUAGCAGCUUGUAUUUUGUGUGUUUAGACACAAGGAGACAAUCAUGUCUGAGCAUCUACGGAGAUUAACAGUUGUACACAACAAUAUGGUUCUGCAAGUUAAAUCUGGAGCAAUAAAUUUUAGCUUUAAAUAUUUUUGCCAGUGGUUUGUAGAAGCAGCAGCAACGCUGGUGGUAAUUCAUGCAUCUUUCUGUAGAGACUCGGUGGCCGGUUUUAUAAGACUGAGAGAUAACGCUGCAUCCAGCAUUACCUUCAAAUGUGUCAAUGUAAGAGGGAAAGCCCCUGUGAAGGUUUCAAUGAAUCUUUUGAGCACUAUAUUAGAGUAGUGGUUAUGCACUUGCGUUGCUUACAAACGAGCUGUACAGAGGGUAUACCCCCAAAUACUUAGUGUAGUUGACUUGUUUGGGUUGCACUGUAAGGGGAGUACUCAGAAUAGUUGGGAAAUGCAGAAUCAGUUGUAUAAAUUUUUUUAAUUAAAAAAUUGUUUCCUAGGCUGAAACAGAUCAUAGAAAGAGACAGUCAUGCCUGACAAUUUUUUUUUUUCCUAGUCACACACAGGCUGUCCAAGCUUUUUGGUUGUUUAUUCUUCUGCUUUGGGGAGGGGUAGGAAAGAUAAAAACAGAAGGGUCUUCAAAUGUUUUAAUACCAUGUAUGACAUUGAAUGGGCAGAUUGGAAACAAUCCUUGAAUGCAUCAAAGCCUACUUUAAGGCAUGGCUGGGCAUAUUUUCAAGUUAAAAAUAAUUAAAGACAUUCAUUAAAGUGAGGGUUUUUUUGUUUGUUUGUUUCUUUAUCUUCCUUUCCAUAGCCUCUCAGUUUGACGAGUGUUUUUCCCCAGCCUCUCAGAGGAACACCCACUGCUUCCAUUCCCCUUCUUAUCCCAGGAUGCUUUCUUUCUAUAAAGCAAGGCCAAAGUGAGAGGAAUUUCAUAAAAGACGAGACAGCUGACGCCCCCCCCCAGGAUGUUUAAAACCCAGGAGCCUCAUCCUGUAAGAUUGGGUUUUCCUAGGACAGUUGCAUUUCUUAAAGGACGCCUAUCCCAUUAAAACAAAUACUUUAAUUUUUUUAAAAAAAAAUUAGACUGUAAGGGUCAGUUUCAGGAAUAAAACAUAAUGUAGUAAAAAACAUAGAAUAGCAAAGUUGCCAUGUUCUCCCGUCUUUGUUCUAUCUGCCUGUCAAACUGGUGAGUGAGAAGGAAAACAACAGAAGGGUGGUGGUAGAGCAGUGAGAACUUGGAAGUGUAACUUGCUUCGAAAUCUUUUAGUUUUGAAUAGGAAAUGAGAUUACAAUUGUUUUCUAAAGGCGGGACAAGUCCAGUGUCACUGGGACACCUUGAUGAGAGCAGAGUAGGUUUGUAUGAAGCCAGUGUGGGAUAGCAGUGGGAUGAAUGUGCCUAGCUAGCGUACCAACGCCUAGUCUGCAGUAUGGUCAAGCAGUCUCUGUGAGGAAAAUGUAUUACACCCACCUGUGUUUAGAGAAAGGAAUGGAAUCAUCAGAAGCUAAAAUGUAUAUUACUUUUGAGAUAGCUUUCUACUCCAUGUGUAUUCCUUAGAGGGCUGGUGGUUAUCAUUUCUGCUUCUGCUGUAGGACCAAUGAGCGCUGUAAGUUCUUCAUUGUCCCGUUGUUUCUUUUCUUCUCGCUCUCUCUCUCCCUCUGUAUUUACAAUUUUUAUUUUACUUUAUUCUUAUUUUUGCCAGUGUGUUAACUAUGAGUAUGUGGAAACUUACUUACACUCUUGAAUGGGAAGUUUCCCUUGCAUUUGUAAAAAAAAAAAAAAUGAUUACAAAAAAAGUUCUUUUCAGAGUGUAUUAGGCACACAAU